AUGAAUCCAAUUAAAUAAGAAACUAAAGUGUAAUAUGGCGGAGAAAGCCGUUACACUGCUAUUACCAAUGAAGACUAAAAUAAAGAAUACACAUCAAUUUUUGAGAAGUUAAAAGAAUUCGAUCUAAAAAGUUAUCAAAUCGAGGAAGAUAUUGAUUUAAUUGAAGAAUACUCAAGUGAUUAUGAGUACGAAAUCAAAGCACAUAUGCACAUCGAAAUAAGAAAUUUACUUCUCAUUAAAUUUGAAAGGUAAAAGGACGGUAAAAACUAACAUUUUUUUCAAAUUAGAAACUUAAAACUAAACAAGGUUAGUUAAAUUAAAAUUAAUUAGAUAUCCAGGAAUUUAUUACAAGGCUUCAGUAAUUAGAAGAAUGGGUUCAAUAAUGUGAUAUCUAGGCAACUAUAAAUGGAAGAUUUGCAUUUCUUCUGCUGCUAUGUAUUUAAGAAAGCUAAUUAUGAAUUUAUCGAAAAAGUUGCAAUGAAAACUCUUAAACAGGUAGAUAAUCUUGAAUAAUAAUAUGCAAUAUCUGUAGAUAACUAGUUGAAUGCUAUCUGUCCACAAACAGGGAAAAAAGAAUGCCUUUCUUAAUUGGUAAUCAAUAAAUAUCAUGGCAUAAAAUCUGCAUAGAAACUUCAAAGCUAUUUAAUUAUAUAUUCUAAAAGUUAAGUUGAACAUGAAGACGAUUAAUGUGAUCUCCAUAUUUACGAUAUAACAACCUUUAAUAUUGUUAAUAGCUACUCAUUUAAUAAAACAGAUGAUUAUUAUGGUACUAUAGUUGAUCAAGAAGAUUACUCAACUUUCUAUUUUUUAAAAACAAAAAUGAAAAAAAUACAUAUUUUUUCGAAUUACCCUGAAUUAUAUGAUGCUUAUCCUUUGGAACUAAAUGGAGUUUAAUUGAAUCCACUUGUCGAAAAUAGUAGGAUAUCCCUUAUUGGAGACUAAUUUUUCUUGUAAAGUGUGUGGGAUGAAUAACAAGAAUUUGAAAAUUACUAUUUAAUUUAAAUAGACAAAAUCAAUUCAAAUUUAGCUGGACUAAAAUUGCUUGAUAAAGAUUUGGAAGUGCUUAAAUAUAUGACAAGAGAUGAUAUCUUAAGAAUUAGAGACUUUGAAGGAUUUUAAUUAUUUAGAGAUUGUAAAAUAGAAGAUUUGUCAACUCAUGAUAGAUUUAUAAGAAUAAUUGAUGAUACAGAAGUGCUAUUGAAUGGUAGAAGAGUAAUCAAUAUUAAGGAGAUUUUUCAAAAGAGUGAAUCUAGUUUAGAAUUUUUAAUAGAUGAGAGAAAUAAUAGUGGAGUCUAUCUAGCUUAAUAUUUAGAUAAUAAGCUUUAAAUUUUUGAUAUUAGAAGUCAGCAGCUAUAAUAAUGGAUUAUUAAUACUGAUAAAGAUUAAUAAACUCUAAUGAAUCUCGGUUAUAAAUUGGUAAUUGAGCUACUGUCAACUUAAAUCAAAUAGUAUCUUGAUUUCAUUCCAGGACUACGAUCCAAGGAUUCCCCUUUUGAUUACAAUUUAGAAAAUGGAUAGCAAAAAAUAGUUAAUUUGCUUUUGAAUAAUUUUCUAAGUAAACUUCCAGUUUAUCAAAUAUUCGAUUCUUUAUUACCUUAUAUUAAUGAGGAUGGCAGAGAAUUAAUUCAAGGCAUUAAUUUAGUCAAUGUUCUAGAUGUUUAUAACAAAUAUGACAUCUUAUUUGUAGAUAAAUAACAAAAGAAACAAGCAAGCAUUCUUAAUAUCAUUGAAUUUGUAUCAGAUAGUGUGGAUAGUGUUGUGUUGAUGUUUAUUAUAGUCAUUACUCUAUCUUUUGUGAAGCUGUAUUACUUCCUAAGAAUUUAUGAAGGAUUCAGCUUUCUUGUUUAAAUGAUUGCCAAGGUAUUCUAAGAUCUAAAAUUUUUUAUUGCCUUUUUCUUGAUAUUCAUAGUCCAGUUUGGGUUAAUCUUUACAGUGCUAUUUAAAGCUAGUCCAAUUGAAGAAUAUGAAGGAGUCGAUGCUUUUGGAUACUACUUAAUGAUAUUUAGAAUUGCUGCAGGAGAUUUUUCCACCGACAAAUAUAGAGAACAAUCAUAGUAUUUGGUAAUUCUAACUUGGAUUGUCUGGAUAGUAGCAGUGAUUGCUCUUAAUGUUGUGUUCAUGAACUUUAUUAUUGCAGUUAUCUCUGAAUCCUACGAGAAAGUAAUGUAGAAGAUCAUUGCAGAGUCUUUCAAAGUCAAAGUAUCAAUGAUCCGCGAAAGAGAAUAAUUCUUUUCCGAGAAACAACUAAUGAGUGAAAAGAAUUUUCCUUAGUACUUAGUUUUGAGAAGGCAGGUAAACUAAGAGUCCUAAGAAAAUGGGGAAUGGCAAGGUUUCAUAAAGGAUAUAAAAAAUACUUUGAGAAAUGCUGUGGUUAAAUCUAAAAAUGAAAUGAUACAAAAUCUUACACUCAUUCAAAGCACUCAUCAAAAGGAUAAUGAGACGAUGCUUAAAAACAUCAAUGAAAUGAAAACUAAAUAAGAUGCAUUUGAAAAAUAUGUGAGAGAAAGUUUGAAAUAGUUGCUUGAAAAUGCUGAAAAACAAAAAAGUACAACAAUAAAAUGA